GCGUGAGUUUCGCCCUUCCUGAAAGUUCACACGUAACUAAACACGCAAUAGUUUUUCUAAACAGGUUUAAUAUUAACAGUCAGGUUUAUCAUGGCGGAGAACACUUUCGGAAUAACAACGGCGGUAGUUACGCUGUUUUGGGGAUUUGUUGGUGGAGUUGUCCCGUGGCUUAUUCCCAAAGGGCCGAACAAAGGUGUCAUCGUAACUAUGCUCGUGAUGACAUCGAUUUGCUGCUACCUGUUCUGGUUAAUAGCCAUCUUGGCCCAGCUGAACCCCUUAUUUGGACCGGCACUGAGCAACGACACAAUAUGGUACCUAAAACAGCACUGGCCGUAGGGGACGGCGCAUUACACCGUACAAAGCUGCCUUGCAAAGACGUGGAUCACCACCGAUAUGCAACAAAGACAUGCACUUUUUUGAAGACAUGUGCUUUUAAAGAGAACUGAUUAUAAGACUUGUCCUAAAAAAGGACUGUAGGCUUUGCAUAGCCCGUAACAUCCAGUUUUUCCAGAAUCGUAAGUUACAUGAACAACAAGCACUCAAGCAACACAAAGCCUCUUUUAUCUUCUAUGUUAAGUUUUGUUUCCUUCUUGGGAGUAAUAGAUGCUGUUAUUUACUAAAAUGUUUGGCUUGAAGCCCAGGAACUUGGGAAGAGGAUCACAGACUGCUGCUGAUUAACCUUCCCUCUGAUGGAAUCCUUUGCUUAUUCAUCCUCCGACAAUGAGAACUACUGAGAUUUACAUUAGGUUUAAAUUUAUGUUUAAAUAAUAUUUUAUUCUAUGGUCUUGUCUAUAGUGAAGUAUAUGGGAAAGUGAUGGAAUGACUAAGGUAUGUUAAUAAUAACCCAUACUUUGAAUGUGAUCUCUGCAUUUAACCCAUGCGGUGAGUAGUGAACACACGCACACCCGGACCGGUAUAGAAAAUACCACAAGGAUUGUGCCAUGCAAGUAUUCAAUGUUAUCAAAGAAAUGUAUCCUGUUAUAAUUUGUAAGAUGCCAUCUUUUAUCACAAUUUUGUGCCAUGUUAAAGCCUGCACCUUGCACUGUGUUUUUUAUUAUAUUUUUAAUGUAUUGGAUGCAAAUGUCUGUAGGUAUGUUAAGUAAACAAAACUAAAACCUGUGAAGUUGAUUUGUAUUGUGCCAUGCUGAGUGUGUAUUUAGGCUUAAAAUGUAACUUUGAUGAGACUAAAUAGGUAGCAAGACGCCUUUCAAUCAAAGUUUAAGUUCAAAUGAACUUUAUUGUCAUUCUGCUGUAUGUGAAGACAAAAAGGAACAAAAUGUUGUGCCUUACAGUACCAUGAAAUAAACACAAAAUAAACAUAAAAUACAUGCAUAAAUUCA